CCUUUUUUUGCUCCAAACUGUGGAAAUCAACGCAUUCUUAUUCCAAAUUCGACUUCGAAAAUGUUCUAAAUACGAUUUUCCAUUGACUGGAUAUCCUGGCAACAAGGGAAUUUAGUUGCAGGCUUUGUAGUAGCGCUGCGUUCAGUCAGCAUACAUAUCCAGGCUGGAUGUAUGUGCGCUUACUAAUAAAUUAUACGUGCUUGUUAUGACCUGCAACUGAUCCUCAACUCAUUGUCUUAUCACUGAGCCUAUGGUUUAACAAAACGCGCCGAAUUUAUCACCACAAUCAAAAUUAGUUGAUAGCAGUUUCAGACCUUUCUGCUUGAAAUUGCGAUUAAAUAUUUCGACGCCUACAAGAGACAGAAGAAAUGGCGGCUUCCGGCCUGGAGGCGUCCAACGACCGGCCAAUCAUCGGAGUGCUAUCACAAGAGACUUACAUCGUCCGUUCGUACUUUCCCAAUGAAACAUACGACAGUUUCAUCGCCGCCUCCUAUGUGAAGUUUCUGGAAGCGGCCGGAGCCCGAGUGCUGCCCGUUUGGAUCGGGCAGGAUGAGGACUAUUAUCGGCGAGUGGUGAACCGGACCAAUGGCCUACUGUUUCCCGGGGGCGGCACUUGGUUUAACGAAAGUGGCGGGUAUGGAGAGGCAGCCACUCGACUCUAUCAGGUGGCUCUGGAAUACAACGACAAGGGGAUCUAUUAUCCGAUUUGGGGCACUUGUCUGGGCAUGCAAGCCCUGAUGUUUGCGGCCUUAAAGGGGGUUAAGGACAUUCGGGUUGACUGUGACUUGAGGAACGUGGCCUUGCCGUUGGAGUUUGCCGAAGACUCCGACAAGAGUAGGCUGUUCAGUGGCGCCCCAGUGGAGAUAAUCGAAAUUUUAAGCGAAAAAAACGCCACCUACAACCUGCAUAGGUACUGUCUUACCAGGGCCGUGCUCGAUGAAAACAAUCUGCUGGACUCCUGGCGAAUUAUUUCCACCAAUAAGGACGCCAAUGGCUUGGAGUUUAUCAGCGCCAUCGAGCAUCGAAGCUACCCGAUCUACGGCGUUCAGUUCCACCCGGAGAAGAAUCAGUUCGAGUUCAAUAAGGGCAAAGGGUUCCCGCACUCCUCGGACAGCAUCAAAGUGGCUCAGUAUUUCGCGAAUUUUUUCGUGAAUGAGACCCGGAGGAACCACAAUGGGUUUAGCAACGAUACGGCCGAAGCGGAGGCGCUGAUCUACCAGUUUUGCCCCCGAUAUACGGGGCUAACAAACGGCUACUACGAGCAGUUGUAUGUUUUUGUUAAGGAGGAUUUUGACAAAAAUUCACUCAUUUAGACUGAGUACUGUUUAUAUGGAAAUAUAAUUUUGGUUUCAA